CUCUGCUUCCUUCCCCGCCUCGCCACCUUCCUUCCCACGAUCUCGCGAGACUUGGCCCAGAACAUUGCGGAUCGGGUCGGCGCCAUUUUGGGACGGAGACUGGUGGUGGGGGAGGGAAAAGCGGCAAAAGGGGAUUAUUCAAAGUACCGAAAACCACCUCCCGGGAUCGAGCGCAGCGGCACCCCCAGGCCAGGGGCACCUCUGCUGGGGCGGAAGGUGAUUGAAUUAUGCAGAUAUGAAGAUCAUCUUCUAGGUUUUUUUAAAAAGGCCUUGGAUAUUUCAAGUGGCCAUUUUGGAAUUACAGUUCUGUUUUUGUUUUGCCCCAGAAGUUUAUUAAAAUUGACAAGAAUCAUCUCUGAAGUGAAUUGAAAGUAGUAAGCCAAUUCAACGAGCUGCUAAAAAACCCAGUCAUUUCUUCAGUAUUUUGGUUCAAACGGAUUAUAUAAGUGGUUAAAGUAUUUCGUCUGAUGUUAUUUUCGUCUCUUCCCCCUCUCCUGUUGGUGUUCUUCAGCCAAAACUGUAAGAUAUGUUUGAUUUGUGUACUGAAUAGUUUCAAAUUACUGUUUAAAUAUUGCUGAAGUUUCGUGGCAGUUCUUUUUACCUUUAUUGAAAGUUUUAGUAAUUUUUGACUUCAGCUCUUUUCAUAUUACGAUGGGACAGCUUUUCUAAAUGAAGACAUUGAAAGAAUACAGAGUUUUUUCCCCUUUUCCUUUUCUUUACUUGGGAGAGUAAGAUGUUCCAGUGUCACACCAGCAUGGUAGGAUUGAGAUAGCUAUUUGUCUCUGUAUAUGCUGAUGUGUAGAAGUAAGCUUCAGAUGUGAAGUUUUCUUUUUGUUUCUGCUUUUUGCACAUAAAUUGGAUAUUUCAUCUGGAGUGGAUAAGUACAACAGUGACAAAUACAUGGAAUAAUAAAGAAGACCUUGCUCUUGAAUCCAAGGAACUUGGCUAAUUCUGGAUAUAGCCGUAUGAAAACUUCAAAACAAAUAUGGGUAGCUGACUUCAAAUAACUCUAUGUCAAAUAGUCAUAGGUUAAGUAUCUUCAAAGAACUUGGAUAUUUCAGAGGAUACAAAAUAAAAAAACAAACUGGAAAACAUAAAGCUUAUAGAGAAAAAACCAGCACCUUCCUGUGCAGUCCUCUUGGAAUUUCAUCUGGUUGACCUGUAAACGAGAUGUGUCGAUCAGAAUGACCUUGAACUUGUGGCAGUCGUUUGAGUUUUGGGAUUAUAGGGACUUGCCAUGAGGUGUUGAAGCCUUGUUUCACUGAGUUGGAGAGACUGGACCUAAAUGGCGCAGCAUGACUUUGCUCCAGCCUGGCUUAAUUUUCCUACUCCGCCAUCAUCAACAAAGUCAUCAUUGAAUUUUGAGAAGCAUUCUGAAAAUUUUUCAUGGACAGAAAAUCGUUAUGAUGUGAGUCGUCGACGACACAACUCUUCAGAUGGCUUUGAUUCUGGUAUUGGACGUCCUAACGGAGGUAAUUUUGGGAGGAAAGAAAAAAAUGGAUGGCGUACGCAUGGCAGAAAUGGUACAGAAAACAUAAAUCAUCGAGGGGGAUACCAUGGUGGAAAUUCCCGUUCUCGUAGCAGUCUUUUCCAUUCUGGAAAAAGCCAAGGACUACAUGAAAACAGCAUCCCUGACAAUGACACUGGGAGGAAAGAAGACAAGAGAGAACGCAGACAGUUUGAGGCUGAGGACUUUCCGUCUUUAAAUCCUGAAUACGAGAGAGAACCAAAUCAGAAUAAAUCUUUAGCUGCGGGUGUAUGGGGCCUACACGCCCAGACACACACAUACCCAACCAAAAAAAUCUCCCAAGCUCCUCUCUUAGAAUAUCCCCCGAAUCCUAAAUCUAGAGCUCCAAGAAUGCUGGUCAUUAAGAAAGGUAAUACAAAAGACUUACAGCUAUCUGGAUUCCCAGUAGCAGGAAACCUUCAGUCACAGCCAGUUAAGAAUGGAACUGGUCCGAGUGUUUAUAAAGGCUUAGUCCCCAAACCUGCUGUUCCACCUACAAAACCUACACAAUGGAAAAGCCAAACUAAAGAAAACAAAGUUGGGACUUCUUUUCCUCAUGAAUCUACAUAUGGUGUUGGCAACUUUAAUACUUUCAAGUCAACCGCUAAGAGUAUUAGUCCAUCAACAAAUUCAGUGAAAGAGUGUAAUCGUUCAAAUUCUUCCUCGCCUGUUGACAAACUUAAUCAGCAGCCUCGUCUAACUAAACUGACACGAAUGCGAAGUGAUAAGAAGAGUGAGUUCUUGAAAGCACUGAAAAGGGACAGAGUAGAAGAGGAACAUGAAGAUGAGAGCCGUGCUGGCUCAGAGAAGGAUGACGACUCAUUUAAUUUGCAUAACAGCAAUAGUACUCACCAAGAAAGAGAUAUAAACAGAAACUUUGAUGAAAAUGAAAUUCCACAAGAGAACGGCAAUGCUUCAGUGAUUUCUCAACAGAUCAUUCGUUCUUCAACCUUUCCACAAACUGAUGUUCUUUCCAGUUCACUUGAGGCAGAACACAGGUUAUUAAAGGAGAUGGGCUGGCAGGAAGACAGUGAAAAUGAUGAAACAUGUGCUCCCUUAACUGAGGAUGAAAUGAGAGAAUUCCAAGUUAUUAGUGAACAGUUACAGAAGAAUGGGCUGAGGAAAAAUGGUAUUUUGAAAAAUGGCCUGAUCUGUGACUUCAAGUUUGGACCCUGGAAAAACAGCACUUUCAAACCCACACUUGAGAAUGACGACACAGAGACAAGUAGCAGUGACACGUCAGAUGACGACGAUGUGUGAAGGAUUUCCUAACAGCUUUAGACAUUUUAGUGUGAUCCAUCUCUCAUGCCGUUUGGGGUGAAUUGUAAAAAUGAAGAACUAUAAUUUAUGUAGUGAACUACCCCAUUAGAAGAUGAUUUUUUUGGGGGACUUCAAUAUGAAGAAAACCAAGAAUGUUGUGUUGGGCUGUGUUGAACAUUAUUUCUUUGUAAAUGAAUGUUGUAGAAAUGAGGACUUUGGUUGAUCCAACAUUGACUCUCUUCAUCACUGCAGCAUUUCUCUGACUAGCAAUGUGACGAUGUAACAAAUGAGAUUUUCUCAUUUAAUAAUAAAAAAUUGUGUAAUGUUUUGCAAA